GUUUAAAUGAGAUGACGAAUAAAAAGAGUGGUUUCUACGAUGUCUAAAUAUAAUAAAAAAAGACAUCUGUAAAUAAUUAUGGUAGGAUAUAAAUAAGUGAAAGAUGCUCAGAGCUUGGAUUUAAAGGCAAAGGUCAGUGAGGGAUGAGUAUCUAUUGCUGUGUGGUCUUCUGGACACUGGUGGUCAUCUUCUUCAAUGUACGAUCUUCAAAUGGAGGCUAUACAUUUCUACAGACAUUGUUGGAUUCUAAAUGGAUCAACACAGAAAACAGUAUCAUUACAGACAUGGAUGAAUCAGAUCUAAAAAACCCGUGUUGCUCGUUUCCGUGCGAGAAUCGCGGUGUGUGCAUGGUGACUGGUGUCGGCAGCUAUACAUGUGACUGUGAAAAUACCGGAUUUUAUGGACAAACAUGUGAAAAACCAACGUUCUGGAAGCGAGUGGCGUCUAUGCUUAAACCUGAUCCGGAGUGGCAGCAUCUCUUACUGACGGAGAAGAAACAUGCCUGGAUUUGGAAAAUUGUCAACUGGAUAACGCCGCUUUCAGAUGCCAUCAUGAAAAAGAUCUACCUACUGCGAGGGUCCAUGAUUGAUUCUCCGCCAUUGUACACAUCGGAACAUGAUUACGUGACCUACGAGGCUUUCAGUAACCGAUCAUACUUUGCACGAGCCCUCCCGCCAGUCCCUAAAGACUGUCCUACCCCACUUGGGGUUGUUGGUCCGAAGGAGCUACCCGACGCAGGUGUUAUUGUGGAAAGACUCAUGAGGAGAACUCAUUUCAAACCUGGACCCAUCGGAUCUAAUGCUAUGUUUACGUUCUUCGCACAGCAUUUUACGCAUCAGUUUUUCAAGACGGACUUUAAACGAGGGCCAGGAUUUCAGUGGGGUGGACACGGGGUGGAUGUUUCGCACGUGUAUGGUAAAGACAAACAGGUUGAGAAUACUUUAAGAAGUUUUGAAGACGGACAGUUGAGAUUGCAGACAAUAAAUGGUGAAACUUGGCCACUUCAUUUAAAAGACGCUGACGUUCCUAUGUCGUACCCACCAAAUGUUCCGCAGGAAAUCCGUUUUGCCCUUGGCCACAAAGACUUUGGGCUCCUCCCGGGUCUGUUCAUGUACGCGACGAUUUGGAUGCGGGAACAUAACCGGGUCUGCGACGUCCUCAAGGGGGAGCACCCUGAGUGGGAUGACGAACAAUUGUUCCAGACAGGAAAACUAGUCAUUCUUGGUGAAACCAUCAAAAUCACUAUUGAAGAUUAUGUCCAACAUUUAAGCAACUACCAUUACCAACUAAAGUUCAAACCGGAACUACUUUUCGGGGAAUCUCAUCAGUAUUCAAACCGAAUUACUGCCGAAUUCAACCACAUGUAUCACUGGCAUCCAAUAAUGCCGGAGACUUUCAACAUAUCAGGAACUACUUAUGGUGUAAAGGAUUUCCUUUUCCGUCCCGAUAUCGUUGUAAAACACGGAAUGCGAGAUUUCGUCAACGGAUUGGUCAACGAAAGAGCUGGGGCUUUCACAACUAAUAACCACAAUGAGUUCACGCUACCCGUGGCUAAGCAGACAAUUCAACAUGGCCGCACGUUGCGAUACCAAUCCUUCAAUCAGUAUAGGAAAAGAUUUGGGCUUCUGCCGUAUAAAACUUUUGAGGAUUUGACAGGUGAGACAGAGAUAGCUCAUCAGCUUUCAGAAUUGUAUGGCGGAGAAAUAGACGCUGUGGAGUUCUACGUCGGCUUAGUCGCUGAGAAAACUCGUCCAAACGCCAUAUUUGGUUCGACAAUCAUUGAGCUAGGAGGGCCGUUUUCUGUGAAGGGACUUAUGUCGGCUCCGAUAUGCUCAAAACAGCAUUGGAAACCAUCAACUUUCGGGGGCGAUGUUGGUUUUGAUCUGGUGAAAUCCGCUACAUUGGAAAAACUGUUUUGUCAGAAUAUAGAUGACUGCCCACAUAUAUCCUUCAAUGUGCCCUAUUCCAUAGAUAGUGAUAUCCAGACAGAGCAAGAAGAUUUAGAUAUCUCCAAAUUUGAUAGUAUUGUAACUAAGAAGGAAGAUUUGUAAUGGAAAUGUCGUUUUGCAGUUGUUUGGUAGCUGUAAAAAACGUAUCAUGGUUGUUAUUUGUCUUUCAUAUUUGUGCACAUAUCUUGAUUGUUUUGAAUUAGUUUUGUAUAAAAUAAUGGCAUUAAUUCUUGAAACUUUAAAAUGGUUUGUUGCGAACAAUUAUAUAGCGAAGCAGUUACCAUGGUUACCAGCCAUUGCUUAAUUGUUUAGAUUUAGUUUUGUAUAAAAUAAUGGCAUUAGAUUUUGAAACUUUAAAAUAGUUAGUUGCUAACAAUUAUAUAGCAAAGCGGUAACCAUGGUUACCGGCCAUUACUUAAUUGUUAGAUUUAGUUUUGUACAAAAUAAUGGCAUUACAUUUUAGAACUUUAAAAUAGAAAGUUGUUCACAAUUAUAUAGCAAAGCGGUAACCAUGGUUGCCAGCCAUUACUUAAUUGUUAGAUUAAGUUUUGUACAAAAUAAUGGCAUUAGAUUUUGAAACUUUAAAAUAGUUAGUUGUGAACAAUUAUAUAGUGAAGCGGUAACCAUGGUUACAGG